AUGUUGUCCAAGAUCGCACGAUCAUCUCGCUCGGUUGCGCCUCUUCACCUGAGGACCAUCACCCAGCGUGGCUUUCGUCCUGCCGUGCUUCCAUCUAUCGAGUCGGAAGUUCGCAAAGACUCGCGCCGGAAGAGUGCUGGCUUGAAUGCCAACGCUCUUGACGCCGAGGCCCUCCCGGCAGUUGAGGAGCCAACCAAGAUUCCGAGGCGGAUGGCGAGCUCUUACCCUUCCGCUCAGACCUCGCGCGCUUCUGUCGGCAAGGCUGGUGGCACUCCUACCGGAAUCCUACCUGGCUCCAAUGCCGAGAGCACAGGGAGGGGUCAACUCGAGGAUCUCCUAUUUGGAUCAGAAACAAACCAAGCACAGACCUCAGGAGAUUCGUCUGGCCAGAAUGUCACACAAGCUACGGGAUCGUCGCAGUUGCUGUCGUCCUCGGAGCCCGACUAUGUGAUCGACCCAAUCACCAACCGGAAGGUUUAUAAGGUUGAAACUCCGACCUCUUUGGGUGACGCUCUCGCUACCCCUGCUAUCAAGUCUCAAUUCUCUGGGGUAGAGUCGACACCAAAGUCGGAUCCAUCGCCAUUAGUGUACUCGCCAGUAUUUGAUCCGGAAUUCCCCAUCACACAACAAGAGCUACAGGGAUAUACUGAGCCCAGCAUGGAUUCAGAUCCAACCGGCAGCGACGGUCGCCCAAGUGGCAAUGUCUACUGGCAUCAUGCAAAUGGUGUCACCACCAAGGGUUACUUGAAUAUGUCAAGCUCGGAAAAGUACGAUGAUCUAUCCAAGUACAAGCCGGUCAUGGAGAAAGCACCAGCUACUCCCGAAGACCCCACUAAGGAGUACCAGGACCUCGAGGAGUACCAGCCAGUGAUGACAGGAGGAACGCCAGUUCCCGAGAAUCCAUCAGCUGAGUAUGAGGAUCUGGACGAGUACAAGCCGGUCCUGGUGGAGAGGACACCAGUUGCCGAAGACCCUUCAAAGGAAUACACCGACCUUGACCAAUAUACACCUGUGCCAGACGUCAAGCAGACGCCAAACCCCCAUGAGAAGGAAGUCUACAAAGACCUCCCCGGUUAUUCUGCGGCUCAUCCUGACGUAGAGGCCUCCCCAAACCCUUACGAAAAGGAAGUAUACCAGGAUUUGCACCUAUACGCAUCGCCAUUUCCUGAUGUGGACGUCGCCCCCAAUCCAUAUGAGAAGGAACCCUACACCGAUUUACAUCUGUACCAGGAUGGCUUUGCGUACUGCGAGCCUGAUGGUAAGCCUCUGGCUCCAAACCCGUUCGAAAAGGAGACAUACUCGGAUCUGGAUACAUACUACGCAUUCCGCUACAACGAACCCGACGGAAAGCCUACAGAGUCCAACCAACUUGAGAAGGAGAAGUACACCGACCUAGAAGAUUACUCUCAAGGCUAUCGUGCCUGUGAGCCUAAUGGUCGCUACGCGCUUCGUGAUACCAAUGUCAAGAUGAGCGAGCCUGACCUCGACCAGGAAGCCAAGGCCCUGAACCUCGGGUACACUGAGCCUGGCUCGGAAGGUCCCAUCAGCAAAGUGGCUCGUGCCGUGAGCAACAUGUUCAUGAACAACACACCUCAGGUAUACGAAAGAUCAUGGGGCCUGACACGUCAGGGCAACCUUUCGAAUUGUAAAGAUUUCAAGAUUAUCUCUUCCCCCAAACUAAAUCGAGGGCCCCAACUGACUGGUUCAAAAGAAGAAGCGGACGAGUACGGGUACUCCCUGAAGCCUUUUGGUCUAGAAACCUCCUACGCAGAUGAAUGCAAUGGACGGUCGACCUGGCCUACCUUUACCAGGAUAUACGGCACUCCUGAGGCUGAUCCUCUUCCGUCUUUGGAUGCCGCCAAGAGCAGAGAUACCGCCAACGCUAUGUCUUCGGCUUCUUCAUCACAGUCAUCUUCCACAUCAUCAUCGUCGGCCUCUUCAUCUCCUUCAAAACCAAGUUGCUCUUCCGUGUAUACAGUUUAUAAGGUCCUCGCAUACGAUCCAACCACGCAAAUAGUCGAGAUGGCCCAGACCACAUCAACAGUACCUGAUAACACUACAGGUUUACCGCCAGCCGAGGCGCUGGUGCGCCUUGCCCACCCAAUCAAGUUCUUUCCCUACUUCGCACCUCUCCAAGCCCAAGGGUUCGAGAUCGUGUCCGGUAGUGGCGAUGUUUUGGUAUUUCGCAAAAGUCGCCAAAAUACACUCGUUGAAGAGGCACCAUUUACACAAACCCCCCGCAUCAACCCCAUCGACAUGACGGGAGCGUCCAGUAUGUCUUCGACGGCGACUUCAUUUUUGUCUCCCACGGGCUUUUCCCGCUAUGAGCCGGAUCCCGAUCCUACCAAUGACCAGAGACCGCCUCCACCACGGAGAUUCCAGCCUGGAACUAGGCAGGGAGCCUACACCCCUCAAACUGGGGAGCAGUUCUCUUCGACUUGGUCGCAGACCAACAAACCGACCAAAUCAGCACCGCGUCUUGCGAAGAAAGUCAUAUUGGGAGCAAGUUCAGCUCUGGGUAUCGCAUACGCAGGCGCAGUUGCGGCUGAAUUCUUCAAGUCCGAUGAUGGUAGAGGUCCUAGGCGGUUAUAA